AUCAUUGAGAAGCGCCGUCGCGACCGCAUCAACAACAGCCUGUCCGAGCUCCGGAGGCUGGUGCCCAGCGCCUUUGAGAAGCAGGGAUCAGCCAAGCUGGAAAAAGCAGAGAUUCUGCAGAUGACCGUCGAUCAUCUGAAAAUGCUGCAUACAGCGGGAGGGAAAGGUUAUUUCGACGCGCAUGCCUUGGCCAUGGACUAUCGGAGUCUGGGCUUCCGAGAGUGCCUGGCUGAAGUCGCUCGGUACCUCAGCAUUAUAGAGGGGCUGGACGCCGCCGAUCCCCUGCGCGUCCGGCUCGUCUCUCAUCUCAAUAACUACGCCUCCCAGCGGGAAGCAGCGAGCAGUGCCCACGCUGGCAUCGGACACGUUCCUUGGGGCAGUGCCUUUGGACAUCACCCUCACCUCUCUCACCCGCUGCUGCUGGCUCAAAACGGGCACGGUAACACGAGUACUGCGGCAUCUUCCACAGAACCGCACCACCAGGCCAGAAUUGCCGCCCCACACGCUGACACUUCCUCACUCAGAGUGCCCCCAAAUGGCAGCGUCGGACCAGUGCUCCCCGUGGUCACCUCUACUACCAAACUGUCUCCUCCUCUUCUUUCCUCCAUGGCAUCUCUGUCUGCGUUUCCCUUCUCGUUUGGCUCCUUCCACCUGCUGUCCCCCAACGUGCUGAGCCCAUCUGCACCAACGCAGUCCGCGGUGCUUAGCAAACCCUACAGACCCUGGGGGACUGAGAUUGGAGCCUUCUAAGAACUAACUCUUUAGGAAGGGUAGGGAGGCCUACAAACCUAGCUGAGCUGGGUUAUGCCACACUUAAAGUUGAAGUUCUUAAUUACUGGGACAAAGGUACAGCUGCAUCUUAACUCAGUUUGUCUAAAGCCUGUCUUAUUGGAUUGUCCUUUUUUUUCCCUACCUUUUUGUAUUAGCAGGGUGGUUUGUUGGUGUUUUUUUUUUUUUUUUUUUUUUUUAAAUAGUUGCUGAAGUUGUCCAAAAAUAAAAUUACAAUAGCGGUUGUUAACACUUGUGUUAGAUCUGUGCUGAGCAUUUCAAUCACUUUUGUAAACAGUUUGUUUCAAAUGUUUCCUUUUUCCCUGAGUACGUCAGACUGUCUUUUUACAGAGUUAUCAACUAUUCUUGUUAGCAACAGCCUGGUUUAGUUAUUAAUUUCUCCAAGACCACUCUUCUCAGCAUUAACAAGCUGGUUUUUUUGUUAGUAUUUUGACAUUGAGGCAUUCUAUAAAUAACUACUCUUUUUGUAAACUA